CCCCCUCCCCUCCGCACUCCAUGCCGGGUCUCUCUCCAGCUCGCUUGGGCUCGUUCGCGCCGCGUGAGAGUUGGCAAAAACCUCGCAGCCGCCGCUGCCGCCUCCGCCUCGACCCGGUUACCGCCCCAGCCUCUCCCCCUUCUCCCGAGCCCUCCGCUCCCGCCAUGGGGCCAACAUGGGGCUCCUAAAUUGCCGCCUUUUAGCUGCGCGCUCUCCGGCCAAAGUCCUCGAGGGCCGGUUAUGGUUUACGGCGCUAGAGGGGCCAGCACAGAGGUAACGGGAAGGGGAAAGGACGGCUAAUUGGGGGAAACAAGGCCAAACGAUGAGUUUCCAAAAGGAGGACGGAGUGAGCAGCCUGUGCCAGAAGGCGCUGCAUAUCGUCACCGAGCUGUGCUUCGCGGGCCAGGUGGAGUGGGAGAAAUGCUCGAGCAUCUUCCCCACGGACAGAGGCAGCCAGGGCGGAAGUAGCACAGAUAUUUCAGUCAGCCUGUUAGCAGUUGUUGUCAGCUUUUGUGGCCUGGCCUUGUUGGUUGUUUCACUUUUUGUCUUCUGGAAGUUGUGCUGGCCUUGCUGGAAGAGCAAACCUGUGACUUCCAAUGUCAGUACCCUUCCACAGAGCAUGUCAAGUGCUCCCACUGAAGUUUUUGAGACUGAAGAGAAAAAAGAGGUUAAAGAAAAUGGAGAACCAGCACUAAAAGCUAUUGAGCCUGCAAUAAAAAUCAGCCACACUUCCCCUGAUAUCCCAGCAGAAGUCCAAACUGCUUUAACAGAACAUUUAAUUAAACACGCACGUGUGCAAAGACAAACUACUGAGCCUACAUCUUCAUCCCGACAUAAUUCCUUCAGAAGACACCUACCAAGGCAAAUGCAGAUUUCCAGUGUUGAUUUUGGCAUGGGCACAGAACCCAUUUUACAAAGAGGAGAAACAACAACCAGCAUUGGGAGAAUAAAACCAGAGCUCUACAAACAGAAAUCAGUUGACUCUGAGGGCAACAAGAAAGAAGAUGUCAAAACCUGUGGGAAGCUUAACUUCACCCUCCAGUAUGAUUAUGAAAAUGAACUUCUAGUUGUUAAAAUUAUCAAAGCCUUAGAUCUCCCUGCUAAAGACUUCACAGGAACUUCUGACCCUUACGUGAAGAUGUAUCUUCUUCCAGAUAGGAAAAAGAAAUUUCAGACCCGUGUGCACAGAAAAACUUUAAAUCCUGUGUUUGAUGAAACUUUUCAGUUUCCUGUAGCAUAUGAUCAACUAAGCAACCGAAAACUACAUUUCGGUGUGUAUGAUUUUGACAGAUUUUCUAGACAUGACAUGAUUGGGGAAGUGAUUUUUGAUAAUUUGUUUGAAGCCUCUGAUCUCUCCAGGGAAGCCACAGUAUGGAAAGAUAUUCAUUGUGCUACCACAGAAAGUAUAGACCUGGGUGAAAUCAUGUUUUCCCUUUGUUAUUUGCCAACUGCUGGACGUAUGACAUUGACAGUCAUCAAGUGCAGAAAUCUGAAAGCUAUGGAUAUCACCGGCUCAUCAGAUCCUUAUGUCAAAGUGUCUCUGAUGUGUGAGGGUCGAAGAUUAAAAAAGAGGAAAACGACUACAAAGAAAAACACUCUAAACCCUGUGUACAAUGAGGCCAUUAUUUUUGAUAUCCCUCCAGAGAAUGUGGACCAGGUCAGCCUCUCCAUUGCAGUCAUGGAUUAUGACAGGGUAGGACACAAUGAAGUCAUAGGAGUGUGUAGAACAGGACUGGACGCUGAGGGUCUUGGGCGAGACCACUGGAAUGAAAUGCUGGCCUAUCACCGAAAACCAAUAACACAUUGGCACCCCUUGCUGGAGUUACCUGGUCGGGCAACCAGUUUUGAUAGUCAAGGAUCCUGUCCAUCUCCCAAACCACCUUCCACACCAUAAUGCUUUCAAAAUAAGACCAUUAUAAUAAGGACCCAGGACCGUGUACUCAUCAGAUAAAAAAAAAAAAAAAAAAAAAGAGGAAGAUUUGAUCUCAUUUAAAAUAUAUCCUGAUAAUGAACAAAUGAUGUGCAAUUUUUAUUUACCUUUUUUGUCUGUUUAUUAACUUUGGACAUCUUGAUGUAUUUUACUUGAAUACAAAUGGUCCUUACAUAAGGCUUUUUAUUCUUUGUGUCAUAUGCCAAUUAGCACAAAGAAUGUUUUCACUGAGUUGUAAAUUCUUUGCAUAAGCAAAGAAUACAUUUUUUGAAAAUAAUCCAUACUUAUCUAAAAUUAAAUAGUUAAUGCUGCUAUUGUAUAAAGAAGCACAUGUCACAUAUGUAUGGUUUUGACUUUAUUAAAACUAUGUUCAUUUCUAGCUGUGCACAUGUUUCUAUAUACACUUUAAGGGAAAUUCUGAACUUUACUCACAGCAUUAAAUCCUUGAAUAAUCAAAUUAAUAUACUUAUCUGAUAAUAUAUUCUUUCAUUCUCAACAAAAUCUUUUCUUGGUGAAGUUCGGCUCUG